AACUUCCGUAAGCGCGUACCGCGACGGACUUUACCGAUUCCCUGUUCCGAAUUUAAUCGAACAAAGUGGAGCGGCUCUCCUGAUGUCAUUUACUGAUGACAUCAGUGGAACAUAUUCCAAGACUAUAUAAACCCCGAAAUUUGGUCAUUUUAUUUUAUCAAUCGUCUCCACCAAAGUUCUAGUACAGAACGCUGCAACUCUCUACUGAUAAAUAAAUAGCUCCACUGAGCUCCACUCACUAUAUUUAUGUCAAAAAGAAGGAAAACCGGAGAGGUACCCUAUUUCUAUACAUUUAUAAUGGUCAUCUGGAGAGCUUCCCUAUAACAGCCUAUAUAUUUGUAACCUGACUACCUCGGCUUCCAAAGUUACUGAAGAUGUUAUUCUACAUUGAAUCUUCUUGCUGUAUUUAUUUAUAUUAAAAAUCCUGACAUGAAAAUAAAUAUGUAGACUGGAUUACAGCCUUGUCUCCUUGCUAGAUGUUAAGCCUGGAUUGUGAUCAUUCUGCGUUCGAACCCUAAACCCUCAACUACUGUUCCCGGACCUUGGCAGGUGUGCCGGCAGAACACUUCAGAGUAAUUGCCCUUCAAUUGUUCAAAAAUCUACAUAUUUGUACAUAGCAAACUUACCGUUUAGUAGAAUUUCAUUAAAUUACUUUCAUUUUUUCCAUGAACAUUUAUCAUAAACAUAUGAAGUUGUGUCCCCACACCUGGUCACCCCCUUGCCUUGGUCACCCCCGCCCCCCCCCCCCCCCCCAAAAAAAAAAAAAAAAAAAAAAAAAAAAAAAUUUCAUUCCUCAUUUUAGAUUUUCUUAAACCUUCCAUAAGUGUUUAUCAACAUGCAAGUUUUACCAUUAUUCCGCCGCCUCGCUCCUCCACCCAGUCAUACCCACCACCGAUCACGCAUCCCCCACCAAUUUUUUUUUUUCAUUUCUUAUUUUCCUUCAUGCUUAUAAUCAACAUGUCAGUUUUGUACCCUCACCCGUUCACCCCCGCCCCUCCCCACUUUUUUUAAAAACAUGUUUAGACCUUCAAUAUGUGAAAUUGUAAUCACACCCAACUCGCCCCAACCCUGUUCAAGAUAUCUUACUCGAUUGUGUUCUCUUAGGGACAUAUGUUCUUUGAAAUUCAAAUGUACAUGUUAAACGGCAACACUUGGUGCCAUACAACUCAAAGACAAUAUUUCGUUCCAGUUACACUUCAAGCUCAUUUUUCAAAUAAUAUAAUUUAAUUCUAAAAGCUAGGCUUAUUACAGUAAACAUAUUCCAUUCAAAAUAAUUUCUUUAGUCGGGAUCAACAUAAUAUAAAUUUAUUAUGUACACUUUACAUAUAUUUUUUUUUUUGUCUGUUAAAUUGAUUUUGACUUAUGAAGUUAUUUGCUUCUUAGUAACAUCUUUAACUUUUUUCCGGAUAUAUUUUUUUGCCAUUCCUCACCACAAACCCUUUCGGCGGUGGAUACCAAUUCAUCUAUUUUGCCUAUUGUAUCUGAAGUUACGUCGGUAACCAUGAAAUGUGAAUGAGCUCACUCGGGAUUCCUGAAAAUGCAUAGGGCUGAACUGAUACAAGAGGUUGAGAACAUGUCUGGACGUUAUAAAGUAAAACUAUCGUUUCAAGUUGAUAACGUGGUCUUAACAGGGUCGAGAACCGGAAUUGCCAGAACGAUGAAGAAGUUCGUAGAAGUUUUCGAGACUUUAAAAUACGAGAGAUAUUUUAUCUACCAAGAAGCAUUGAGAGAGGAUCUCUUGGGUAGGAUGGCCCAAAAGACUAUAGAUGAUAUUGAAAAAGAAACAAGAUGCAUUAUAUUACUACCCGAAGAAAAUGUGACAGGCAUGCAAAGUACGACUGUUGAAGAUGGAUGGUCUUGUUGAUAGCGACAUUGGCUUCUUGAAACCGGUAUUAGGACAAGGGGAAACGAAGAAGAAACGUCUCUUUGGCAAGAAAAUCGCCGAUGACGAAGAAAAGAAAAAAAGAAUUAGGGAGUAUUCCAUAGAGCUUGACAUUUAUUCUGACAGAAAAGCCAAUAUUGACAGAUGCAAAAAGGAACUUGAUGCUAAUCUCGGAAAGAUAUACAUAAGAUAGAAGAAAAUUGAGGAAUUCAAAGAAAUUGUAAAACAUCUUACAUACGAAGAGGAGAAAGAACUAGACGUUUUUGCGCUAGUAAAUAUCAAUAUAGAUCAACUGUCUGGUGUAAUAACAAUAGAAGGAACAAUAAAGCAAGUAUUUGACGUUACACAUGCGUUACAAAUGAAACUCUUGAAAAUAGAGCGUAAAAGACAUGAUAACAAUGCUGCAGAAGAGCUGUUUAAACUUGUACAGUGGCAAUACGAGGAGGUUACAAUGACUGAAUUUAAAUUAAUACCAUAUGACAAAAGAUUGAAUCAGGAAAUUGAACAUGCAUAUAAAGAUAACAAGUCUGUAUUCGAAUUCGAACAAGACGAUGAUACGUUUGUGAUUGACUUCAAACAGCUUAUAGAAUAUCGGAAGUCUGAUUACCAAGACAGACUAAGAGUACUAAGAAAGGAUAUUCUGAAAUCUGCCGUAUCAGCUCUUCCUGAGGAAUGGAAAGCCAUGAAAGACAAUGAAGAUAUAAGAAUUGUACCAAUUCCGAAUACAGACCAGACCUAUCAAGAUAUUUCAAACAGGUUCCUUACAGAUGUUAAGACUGGACUAUACGCAUACAGACUUAAUUUCAAUCCAGACAACUUGCGAGUGAACAAGAUUGAAAGAAUACAAAACAAGACACUAUACCAGCAAAACCAAGCAAAGAAAAAACAAAUGACUGAGCAGAAACCUAACCUGCCACCAAAUAUGCCCACUGAGAGAGAGUUAUGGCACGGGACCAAGUAUGAUGCAGUUACAAGUAUACAGAUGCACGGCUUCAACAGGAGCUAUAUUGGAAAUGCAAAUGGUGACCCAUGGUACGGAGAAGGGGUAUAUUUUGCUAGUAAUGCGUCAUAUUCCGCACGAGGUUGGCUGUCUGGUGCUAGCUCCGGUAGCAAAGGAUACAUGUUUCUUGCCAAAACUUUAUCUGGUCAAAUUUGUCAAGGCAAGAAAGGCAUGAGGUAUCUACCGGCAGUUGACGCCAAAGAUCCCACUAUCUUGUAUGACUGCGCUGUUGAUAAUCUACAAAACCCGAUGGAGUUUGUCAUAUUUAAUGACACACAGGCAUACCCUGCGUACAUCGUAACAUUUACCACAUGAACAGAUAACAUGUUUUACAUGGCGAAUUAGACAAAUGCACGAUCACAAUUUUCAUGCAGGUGCCUCUACUGUGGCCGGCUGCCGUCGUAAGAGUACAACUGCUUGGCAUGAAUAAAAUGAUGAAUGUUCACCAAACUUGGUCAGACACAUUCUUGCCUGGAUAUUCUCUAGAGUGUUCAGAUAACUUCGCCUGUCUGUCUGCAUUUGAUAUCGUCGGAGCUUUAAAUGGAUUACAAAAAAAACUAAUAUGGCACGUUCUCAUUAACCGACGGCCGGAUGUUCACCACAUUUGGAAUGAGCAUCCAUGUAUGGACCAUUGUCGAGUUUAUUUCAGUUGGAUCCAUUUGACUCUAUUAAGGGCUGCCAGAGCGAAGCCAAGAACAAUUUUCAGUGAUUUCUUAAGAGCCUCUAUAUGGAUGUUUGCCAGACUUGAUCAGAAGCAUCCGUUUGAAUCUGAUUUUCUUUUCGAAUUACUCUGCUUGACAGAAUUCGGGGUCUACCGUAGUUAGAAGCAGAAAGAAAAAAACUUUUAUCCCAGGAUAAUAGAUUUCAAACGAACCGCUUUAUGCAUGUACACUGAACGUUCUAGAAUGCCAUGUCAUCAUCGGGUGAUGUUGUAGCCUCAUUUACGCUUCUUCGAAAUACAUGUAUCUAUUAUUCUAAUACUUUUUUCAAUAUAGUUUGACCUACAAGUAAAGAUCGGUGACUCUAAAACACAACAUUAGCAUACAGUGUGAAUGUACUUUCUUGUUAUGACUAAUAUAGGAUAACGUUACCAGCUGACGAAUUAAGAAUUAUGAGUAAAAGCAAAAACAUUAUUGCUAUAGUGUUGUUACCUUUAUAUAUUUUAUUUCAACAAAAAUAACUUGUAAAUAAAUUUGUGUGCAUCCCUAUUUCCAUGUGGAGUGUUGUAUUGAAGUUUACACCACGUAUCUCUAUUUUAAUGUUAUAAUGAAAGGGCUUUAAACUGAAUUUACACGUUAUUCUUCUUUUCAUGCUGUAUGAAAGGGCUUUAAGAUGAAUGAUCGCGUUUUUUUUUUCAAGUUGACUGUUGUAUCAAAGGACUUUUAAAUUAAUUUAAACGUAUAACUAUGUUGUAUGAAAGGACUUUAAAAUGAAUUUACACAUAAUUCUAUUUUCAUGUUAACUGCUGUUUGAAAGUGCUUUAAAAUCAAUUUACACGUUAUUCUAUUUUCAUGUUGUAUUAAAAUACUUUAAAAUGAAUUGACACAUAAUUCUAUUUUCAUGUUAACUGCUGUUUGAAAGUGCUUUAAAAUCAGUUUACACGUUAUUGUAUGAAAGGGCUUUAAAAUGAAUUUACACAUAAUUCUAUUUUUAUGUUAACUGCUGUAUGAAAGGACUUUUAAAUCAAUUUACACGUUAUUCUAUUUUCAUGCUGUAUAUACAAGGACUUUAAAAUAAGUAUACACGUAGUUCUAUUUUCAUGUUGACACUUGAAAACUUUAUAUGUACCCCUAUAUUCAUGUGUACGUUGUAUGAGUGUUGUAUGGAAGGAUGAGUUCUUUGAAUAUGAUUCUUACUGUUAGGAUUUUGUCGUAUUAAGUUUUUGAAAUACCUAACUGAAUGUAGAACUAGUACGCAUUACUAAUUUGCCAAAUGUCAUAACGCAAUGUAAUAUCGAGCAACAGUUGUUUUAUGGCCCCAUUCGAAGAAGAAGGGGUAUGUUGUUUUGAGGAUGUUGGUCUGUCAGUCAGUCGGAAUGCAGACCAAUACAUUUCCGGAUAAUAACUCAAAAACGCUUGGGCCUAGGAUCAUGAAGAUUGAUAGGAGAUUGGUCAUAACCAACAGAUGACCCCUAUUGAUUUUCAGAUCAGUAGGUCAAAGGUCACGGUCAAAGUGACAUAGAACAGUAAAAUGGUUUCCGGAUAGUAACUCAAGAACGCUUGAGCCUAGGGUCAUGAAAAUUGACAGGAAGGUUGGUCAUGACCAGCAGAUGACCCUUAUUGAUUUUGAGAUCAAUAGGUCAAAGGUCAAGGUCACAGUGACACGGAACAGUUAAGCGGUUUCCGGAUAAUAACCCACGAAUGAUUUGGGCUAGUAUCAUGAAAGUUGACAGAGAGAUUGGUUUUGUCCUGCAGAUGACCCCUACUGAUUUUAAGGUUAGUAGGUCGGAGGUCAAGGUCACAGCGACCCAGAACAGUUAAACAGUUUCUGGAUGAUAACUCAAAAACGCUUGGGCCUAGGAUCAUGAAUUUAAUAGGGAUGUUGAUCAUGACCAGCAAAUGACCCCUCUUUAUUUUAAGGUCAAUAGGUCAAGGUCACAUUUACCCAGAGCAGUAGAACUUUUGGAUACAACGACCAUAUAAUUUUUGUUCUUUGUGCAAAUACUGAAUGCAUCAAGCGGGAUGGGUGGGCAUUUCGUGUUCUACGAGCUCUUGUUGAAAUUUUGUUGUGAUGUCGUCCAAACUGUAAUACUAGAUUACAUAAACUCGUUUCUCGGCCUUUGUGUAUUCUGUCAUAUUACUAGAACUUAUCCUUUCGGUUUCCUCUCAUUAUCAUCUCUUGCUGAUCAUGCUUGAUUUACGUUAUACUCGGAACCUUUUGUGGUGAACUCGUCGUAGAACAUGUAACUAAUAUCUAAUCGUAGAACAUCUAAUUAACAUUUAAUUGUAAAAUAUCUAAAUUAUAUUUCGACAAAAUUAGAAGCUCACUAAGUCACUUCCCGUUUAUAAACUUUAAUAUCGCAAGAGGUUGUUCGCAUAUGAUAAUUUUGACGGUAGACUGUGAUGAUUCAUAUUUGUAUAGUACAACUUUAUUGAUAUAGUUAAGUAUAAAAUGAUUCAACUAUCAAAAUGAUCUUGUCUUUACUUUAAGUUUUGAAUGUUUUCUUCUGAGUUAUAUAGUCGAUUGUUCUGAAUCUAGAUGAGAAAUUACCUGUGGUUGUACAGAAAUGGAUAUGCUCUCGGUGAUGUUGCUCGAUUUUGAAAAAUUGAAAGUGACUUCAGCUUGAAUAAAAAAUUUGAUAACGAAAGAAACCAUUUGGUUACCAAUCAGAGAAUAACAUUAAUUUCCAGAAAUAAAGUAUGGGAGUACCGAUUUGGUUGUGUUGUGUUAUAUAUUCAGAUUACAUAACAGUGUAAUUGUUUGAUUGUAAAGCAACAACUAUAUAUUUGUUUAUUAAUCAUACUAGUACUUUCUGGAAAAUUAGAAAUCGGUAAAGAUAAAAAGCAAAGGUAGAAUCUUUCAUUUUUUACACUUCAACCAGUCUUCCUGAAAGAUACAUGAUAUUUUUAUAUAAAGGAUGCGGUCUCAAAUGUUACAAUAAGAUGAGUAUUUGACCAUACAACACAUUCCAAGAGAUAAGCAUUGUUACUUAUGAUAUUUACUUCGUACAUUAUAAACUGUUCUAACAAAUAGUGUGAAAUACUUUCGUAUCACUGCUCGAUAUUCUGUAUUCUAUCAUGAUUUUAUUUUCUGACUGAAUAAAUUCACAAUCUGUU